UAUCAGAUUCUAAAUGUGCUGGCCAAGUUUUAGCACCUUCUUUUCAGAAUGUAAUUCUCGCUUAUCCACCCACUGUCAAGUUCGAUGUCAUCCCUAUACCUGCUAAUGACUGUCCUGGAGAAGUUGGUGUCGAAGUAAUCCUUUCAUUAACUGGAACUCCACCUUGGCAAGUCGAAUAUUCAGUAAUUUCUCAAAAUAAAGAAAAAAAAGAAUAUAUAAAAAUUGAAAAGUCAAGACAUUCAAUGAUUAUCAAACCAACUACUUCAGGACAAUAUGAAUAUAGAUUUUUUCGUUUAAUGGAUUUUAUUUAUCGUGAAGGUGUUAAAAUAGAUCAUAAAUUCUCUCAAACUGUACACCCGAAACCCAAUGCCGCUUUUAAAGGUUUAAAAAAUCGAAUGUUGAAUGGUUGUGUUGGAAGCCGCAUAGACUUGGAAGUAGAACUUGUAGGAACUGGUCCCUUCACGUUAAUAUAUGAAGUAGUAUUUAAUAGAAGGAUUAACGCGUUCACAAUUGCUGAUAUCCGAGGUUCAACUCAUGUACUUACAUCUCCACCUUUUGACAAUCCAGGCUUAUACACCGUGACAUUGGUGAAGAUUACUGAUUCAAAAGGAUGUAGUCAGGUCUUAAAUUCUUCUGAUUACGUGACCAUUAACGUUAAAAAAGAUAGACCAACUGCUGGAUUUAGACAUACACAUGAGAUUAUCACAUUCCUUGAAGGACAUGACGUUGAUUUGCCUUUACAAUUAACUGGGCAUGCACCUUGGAAUAUUUCUUACCGUUAUCACGGUGAUGUUGAAAAGGUUGAAAGAAAAUCAGAAAUUGCUGAUCCUAACUCAUUCUUAACUGUGUCAGAACAGGGUGUUUACGAGUUAUUAGAAGUCAAAGAUUCUUUUUGCUAUGGUAGAAUAAUACCUGAAAUGAAGGAAGUUGAGGCGAGAUGGCUGCCACGACCGUCGUUAAGAAUAGCAGAGGGUGAUGCUGAACCAUUGCCUCAAAAAGGUCAUUAUCAUCGUAGGAAUGUUUGUGAAGGAUCCGAUGAUUCGGUUGGUUUGGUCAUGGAAGGUCGAGCACCAUGGGAAAUUUAUUAUAGAAUAAUUACAAGUGAUGAAGAACUAACGCGUCAUCAAACAGUUGGAUAUACAACCACUAAAAUACGGCUUAUGACAAAUAAAGCUGGAAGACAUCUUUAUAAUUUCACUAGUAUUGCUGACGAUGUUUACAUUGAACCAAGCCCAAUAUUAUUAACUCUUGAACAAACUGUUAACGCUAAACCGGUUGCUAGAUUUCUUUCAGCGGAUACAUUAUUUCAUUGUGUUGAUGUUCCAUUCACAAAUAAAGAUAUUAAGAUUCAAUUAGAUGGUGUACCGCCUUUUAGUCUAACGUUUGAAGUUGCGCAAGAAAGCAGCAAUAAGAUGGAAACUCUAAAGAUCGAAGAAAUUUACGAAUCCAUAUAUAAUUUUCAUCCGUCAACAAGAUUUGCAAAAAUUGGAAAUUAUACAAUAACCUUAGUUCAUAUAGUUGAUUCUCAUGGUUGUAGCAAUACAUUACAAGGACCAAAUAAUAAAAUAUCUAUCCAAGUUACUGAUGUAGCAUCAAUUGAUCGAACGUUCCAACAACAAAUCCAUUGCGUUGGUGAUUUACUAAUUUACAAGUUACAAGGCAUGAUUCCCUAUAACAUUACUCGUGAAUAUAAUGGAGAAGUACUACACACAAUUUCAAAAACCCACACAUACACUUUUGGAGCAGAUAAACCUGGAAAUAUGACAAUAACUAAAGUUUGCCACCAAGGAAAUCAAUGUUGCGGAUAUGUAUCAAAUUUAACAGAGAUUAUUUAUGAUCUUCCAACCGCUAUUGUCUCCGAAGGCAAAGAUAUUAUAUCAGAUAUUAGAGAAGGAGACAAAACUGAAAUUAUUGUCAAUUUCAUUGGUACCCCACCUUUCGAAUUUACCUACACGAGAAGCGAGUUAUUGAUUAAUGAAAAGAAAGAACGUAAACCAGGUCGUGUUCUUGAAACCCUUACGGUCCUCAACAUUCAUCAAUACCAGCAUUCAAUUUUUACUUCACAACAAGGUGUAUUUCAAGUAACUCGCGUAAAAGAUCGAUACUGCGAAUAUCCACCUAAUUCGGGUAGAAGAUAG